UUACCUUCUGACGUGGACGUCCCUAGGCCUUCAGCCAUCUCGUCAUUUGUCAAGGAGAGAAUCCUUCUUGUUACUUGUAACACAUGCUUACCACCAUCAAACAAGAUGGUUGAGAAAUGGCAAUAUGUAAACACACUAAAUGACGAAAUAAGCAGAGUGCGAAUGGAUUUACCAAAGAAAAUUCGUCAUGCGGAACUUGACAACGGCUGGGCAUAA